GUUAAUUGUGCUAUCAAACAGUAAUCUUCAGAAAUAAACUAAAUUUCAUUAUGAUAUUGUUGGAAGAACGUUCACUCUGCAAUUAAACAUUUUCUAAAUAAUUAACAUCAAAUAAAAAAGAUCAUAAAAUGCCUCAAGAAUCGAUUGAUGGUUAUGUUGCUAAAAUUUUGUCAAAGUAUCAGUAUCCAGACAGAGCAAAGCGUGAUGUUUGUGAUGCCAUUCACCGAUAUAGAAAUCUGAGGCCCAAAUUAGAUACUUAUGUUUUUAAUGAUGGGACAAGACAAGAGUUAGCCUGCCUUGAUGGCACGAUUCCGGUAAUGUAUAAAGGAACAUAUUACCAUAUACCUGUAUGCAUUUGGCUAUUGGAUUCACAUCCAUAUAACUCACCAAUGUGCUAUGUGAAACCUACUCCAGACAUGCAGAUUAAAGCUUCACGUCAUGUUGACACUAAUGGAAGAGUCUAUUUGCCAUAUUUACACAACUGGAAUCCUGAUAGUUCCGAUUUGCUCGGUGUUAUUCAAGUUAUGAUUAUAGUGUUUGGAGAACAGCCUCCAGUUUAUGCUAAGCCAAAAGUUAAUUCCUCUGCUUAUACCACAACACCUUAUCCAGCUGAGCCAUCAAGUUUCAUGCCUAUGCAAUAUGUAGGGACCACUUAUCUUCCCAAUCCUCCAGUGCCGACUACUGGUCAAACACCUUAUCCUCCUGUAUCUACUGCUUUUCCACCUUAUACAGGUGGUUAUCCUCCUGCUGCAACUGGUGGCUAUCCUAGCUACAGUGGCAUCAAUACUGCCUCUGGUGGGCUUCCAGGUACCAACAGCUAUCCUCCUACUUCAACUACUCUGUACCCACCAACGACUGCAUCCAGUCUGUCCCAACAGAGUGGCACAGGCACAGGCACAAUUACUCAGGAGCACAUUCAUGCUUCCCUGUAUUCAGCAGUGGAAGACAAAGUCAAAAAGCAUCUACGAGAAGUCCUUGCUCAAUCACAGGCUGAAAUGGAAGUUUUGAAAAAGACUGAAGAAGAUUUGAAUAGUGGCAAACAACAAUUAGAAGAUAUAAUUAACCGUUUGCAAAUGGAACAGAACCAUUUAGAAAAAAAUAUUCACAUUUUGAGGUCAAAAGAAGUAGAAAUGGACGAAUUAUUAGCUAAAGUGGAGAAGCAAGAACAAAUUGAUAUUGAUGAAGCUGUUGUUGCACCAGCUCCUCUUUAUAAACAAAUCUUGACUGCUUUUGCUGAAGAGAGUGCUACUGAAGAUGCAGUUUAUUAUUUGGGUGAAGCAUUAAGAAAAGGAGUUAUUAGUCUUGAUCUUUUCUUAAAACAUGUCCGCUCCUUGUCAUGGAAGCAGUUCAUGUUGAAGGCACUGAUACAAAAAUGCCGUGAAAAAGCCAACCUCCCACAUUGAUGGUAGAUGUUCCCAAAAUACAAAAAUGCCGGCAAUUUUUCGAAAAUAAGGGACUGUACAAUAAUAUUCUCGAUUUUACGUUUGAAGAAUUCAAAGGCAUUACACAAGCAUAAACAUAUUCCGUUUUAUUAGAACCUUGUAUAAUAUACAUUGUUUGAUUGUAAUAAAUAUUUUAAUUUAAAUAAACCUGUUAUAAUAUUUCAGUCAUAAAAACUGCUCUUAUUUUGGUUGUGAUUUCUAUGAACAAAGCGCUUUUCUAUAUUUACACAUACAAGUUUUAAACUUAAUAGGAAGUCUGUUGUGCUGGAUAAUGCUUUAAAAUUCUUUAGUCUGAAGUAUGGUCCUGAUAUUGAGAAGGUUUCUGUCUGUGGCAUUCCAUGCAGGGUUUAUUAGAUUCUUGCAAUUAGCUUUUUUUCAUUUGUUUUUGAGACACUGUGCAAUUAAAAUUUAGGCCAAGAUUAUUGAUGAAGUAUUAAUUAUCUGUGAAUAAAGCUAUUUUUGUGUAUUUUA